AAAAAAAAAGGGGUUGCAAUUUUGCUGGGAGCCUGGGACGCUGAGUCAGACCCCCACCGAUGGCGUCCGAAUCCUCCCCGCCCCCGGCGGGGGCGCCACCGCCUGGUCUGGGAGACAAGCUAGCGGUGUUCUGGGACGAGGGCAUGCUGGCCCACGACGCCGGCCGCGGCGUGUUCGACUCGGGCCGCGACCCCGGAUUCCUGGAUGUGCUCGACCAACACCCGGAGAACGCCGACCGCGUCCGCAACAUGGUCUCCAUCCUCCGCCGCGGGCCCAUCGCGCACUUCCUCUCCUGGCACUCGGGCCGCCCUGCCCACGCCUCCGAGCUCCUCUCCUUCCACUCCUCAGAAUACAUAGAGGAGCUCGUCCAGACGAACGCCACCGGAGCCAAGAAGAAGCUCUGUGAGGGCACGUUCUUGAACCCGGGCUCCUGGGGUGCGGCGCUUCUAGCGGCCGGGACCACGCUCUCCUCCGCGAAGCACAUACUAGACGGGCAGGGGAACCUGGCCUACGCGUUGGUUCGCCCCCCUGGCCACCACGCGCAGCCCGACCACGCCGAUGGCUACUGCUUUCUGAACAAUGCCGGACUUGCUGUGCAACUGGCUCUGGAUUCCGGGCGCGCAAAGGUCGCCGUUGUGGAUAUUGAUGUGCACUACGGGAAUGGCACCGCGGAGGGCUUCUAUCGGACAGACACCGUGUUGACGAUGUCUCUUCACAUGAUGCAUGGUUCUUGGGGGCCAUCGCAUCCGCAGAGUGGCUCCGUCGAUGAGAUUGGUGAGGGCAAGGGGCUUGGGUACAAUCUCAAUAUACCUUUGCCUAAUGGAAGUGGAGAUGCUGGGUAUGAAUAUGCGAUGAACGAGUUGGUUGUUCCAUCGAUUGAUAAGUUUCAGCCUCAACUGUUGUUUCUUGUGGUCGGCCAAGAUUCCAGUGCGUUUGAUCCCAAUGGAAGACAGUGCUUGACCAUGGAAGGCUACAGGAAAAUUGGACAAAUAAUGAGGCGCCUGGCUGAUCGCCAUUGCAAUGGGCAAAUACUGGUUGUCCAGGAAGGGGGUUACCACAUCACUUAUUCGGCAUAUUGUCUGCAUGCUACACUGGAAGGAGUUUUGGAUCUGGAAGCCCCGCUGCUUGAUGACCCAAUCGCUUAUUAUCCGGAGGAUGAUAAAUACACUAUGAAAGUCGUUGACAUGAUAAAGAGCUACUGGAAGGAAUCGGUUCCUUUCCUAAAGGAAAUUUAGAGGAAAUAAUGUUCGCGCCCUCAAUGUUCAAAUUGCAGGAAACUCCACAUUCCUGGACAUCUUCAAUUGAAUUGGGAAGAACAUUGCACGUCUACGUUUUCAGGCCGUUUAAGAUUAUCUGAUUGACAGUUUCACGCCUAACAUUGUACAGGAUAGAUUAAGAACAUUGUUUGCUGCUGCUCUUGAAUUUCUGCAAUCAGGAUCUCGUCAGCCUAUUUUUGAUAAACAGUCGAUCUUUUUUUUUUCCCUGAGAUGCUUUUGGCGGCAGUAGAAGGUAGGCGGUGCUUGAGAGUGACAGAGGGCCAUGUAACCAGGGGAUAAAUCUUGAUUGACUAGUCCAAGCAAAGGG